AAGCCUAGUCAAGGCAUUUGCAUGGCCCAGGACACCCUCUUCGAGGUCAUGUGUUCUGGGUGGUUCAGUUGGUGCUUCCAAAGCUACACCAGGAGCACGAUUGAGGAGCUUGAGGCGCGUCGCACGCAGCUCGCGGGGCUGCUGCUGACAUGCUUUGGUGUGCAAGUGCUUCGUCUUGCCACAGGACAGCUGCUGUCCAUGCUCGGGCUUCUAACUUGCCUGGUGGGAAACAAGGCCCGCUGCACUUUGUGUGAUUGGGACUUGUGGGCCUUGGUCGUUGUGGGGACAUCUGCCGCCACCUUGGACCUUGUAAGCCUUGCCGUUGAUCUUGGAACCUUCGGCAGCUUCAAUGUUGGGUGGAGGCUGGCGCCUUGCCGCAGAAUUGCACUGCUUGGGGCCAUACUGGCACCUCUCCUGGAGGUUUGGUGUGUUCAGGUGGCUUUGUGCAGUUACAUCCCGCGGCAUGAGUAUCUCGUUGCAGCCCAUAUGCAAAGCUAUGGACACAUUGACGGGAGGGACGUUGCGGCGGCUGGAGCUAGGUUCAAGAAAAACUCCGGCACCACCUCCACGCUUUUCACAUCUCUCCGUGCAGCCGUUCUCGGGGAACCAGAGGAGGAGGUUGACCCAGUAUCACCUCCAGUUCAAGAUGAGAGUUCCUUGGGCGAAAAUGGACAGAGCUUCACUCUCAGACACGUACAAAGAUGGAGCGAGCGAUAGAGAGAGAGAGAGAGAGAGAGACGCCUGCAUACUCAUACUCAUGUGUUUUUACAGGGCUCUUGUGAACGCAAGGCAGACAUGACAGCAAACAGCACAUUUCUAGGCGGCUCUGCUCAUGCACAGUGUUCUCAGUGCCAGGUGGGUUUGUUCAAAGUUUUGCUUGCCAAAGAAACCCUCAGGAACCUGCUACACUGAAGCCGUGAAAAGAGUGUGGAAUCGGACGCAACUUGAGUGCCCCUAGCGCCCUAGCCAAGCUAGUCUGCAUUCUAUGGCUGAUGUGCCCAACCCCAUGUGACAAAGCACUCAACCAUGCAUGGGGCUUAUGUUGCGUGCAUGCGUCACAGAUGACGAUUCAACGUGCUGGUCGCCUUGGCACUGGGCUCUACGGGGAUUGCUUGUACUGUGAAGACUGCUGGGUUGCUUGGCAAACUGCUUCAUGCAGUUCUUGAGCCAGGCUGGUGCCUCGCCAGGUGGGAAAUGCCGUCGCAGCUGACGAAGAUUGAAGCGGGUGAAUGCGGUAGUUGAGUGAGGAUCGAGAGGAUGACAAG